AUGGAGUCGCAGCUUCGCUUUCUCCUCGCACACGUGCGCAUGGGCCACCAGCGGCGCUACCAGACGUGGUUUGCCACCCGGUUUCUCGCCGCCCCGGAGAGCGAGUCCCUCGUGGCGGAUUUGAUUCGUUUCGUCUGCUGCUCGGUGCAUCCGACCAAUCAGGUGCUGCAAUCCGACGUGGUGCCACGCUGGGCGAUUGUCGGUUGGCUGCUCAAAUGCUGCAGAAGCUGCCACAUGGAGGCAAAUGCCAAGCUGGCGCUCUUCUACGAUUGGCUCUUCUUCAUGCCCAAGACAGACAACAUCAUGAACAUCGAACCCGCGAUGCUGUGCAUGGUCCAUUCCCUUCCCAAAUACGCCAUUAUGACCAACUCCCUCCUGGAAUUCCUCUUCCUUCUCCUAGAUAACUACGACGCGGCGCAUAGAGACGUGAUUCUCCGCGGAAUUUCCGCCUCGAUCGACAUUUUGAGGGACGGCAUGGGGAAUAUUGUUGGCAGCGGAGCGGGGAUAAGGGCGGCGGAGGAACAGCGAGGCAAGGAAGGGCAGGUGGCGGAGUUGGGGGAAGUGGGGGAAGUGGGCGCAGGCGUUAGCGGAAGCCAUCCUGUGGGUGGUUCUGCUGCUGCAGCCGUUGCCGGGAAGGGCGCGGUUGACGCAAGUGGGUCCAUCACUGGCGCGAGGGCGGCGGAAGAUGCGGAAAUGGGGGAGGCUAGCGCUGCAGGGGAAGACCAGGCUGGUGGAAAAGGCCCUGGCGGAGCGGGGAAACGUAGCAAGUCUCCGGAGGGCGCAGAGAUGGAACUAGGGGAGCGCGCCGGAGGGGAGAGCGAGGCGGCGGAGGGAGGGAGUGGUAAAAGGGAGCGGAAGAGGAAGAGGGAGGAGAAGGAGGAAGGGGAGGAGGAAGCGGAGGAGGGAGGGGAUGUGGAGGCUGGGGAGAAGCUGCGGAGGCAAGGGGACGGGGCGAAGGUCAUUGGCGGAUUCAAGGCGUUCCUGGUGGCUUUAAGAGGCGAGUAUCCAGUCAGUGAAGCUGGCGGGCGGAAGCCGCAGGGGCAAGCUGAGGGGAAGGCGCAAGGGAAUGAGUACGGGGAACUGGAGGGCGGGCAGGAGAUGGAAAAAGAGGGCAAAGGGGGAACGGGGGGAACUGCAGGGAGGGCGAGGGAGCGGCGACCUGUGGUGAAUGAGGAACAACGGGAUGAGGAAGACGCGCGGUUGGAUGAGGAACGAUCUGACAGGAGCGUCGACUCGGAUAGAGCGGAGGGCGGGUGGUGGUGGGGAGGAUGGGGAGGAGAGAACCAGGGGGAGCAGAGAGAAGAGGCGAAUGCGAUGGACGCUACAGGAGGGGAGGAGGGCCAGCGGAGUGGAAAAGGAAAAGAAGAUGGGGAGGGCGAGCAGGACGGUGAGGCGACUGACAAGGACAAGGGUGAAUGCGGUGGGUAUGACUUGAACUUCUUGCUGCCAGUAGAGGAGCUGCUUAUAUCGUGGCAUGACAUGGGCCAGCCAGGUUACUGCCUGGUUGCUGUGUGUGGGUGCAGCAGCAGCGGAGAAAGAGCAACUGAGUGCGGCCGAUGCACUUGCAGCAGCAGCCAGGGCAGCUAG